ACACAGUAUAAAACAAAGCUGCAAAACUCGGACGAAUAAUCAUAAGCAAGACAGGCUCUGAGCGCCAAGUAGUCUGACCUGAGAAUGAGUGAAUCACUGACUGCAGUUUCCCGCAACUGCCGGGCGUUAUUAGCCGUAAUGACUUUGUGCUGGUGUUUCUCCGCCCGACCCGUCGACGGGUACUCGGAGUACACUAGGAAUUGGGCAGUGGAGAUUCGCGGAGGCAGAGAAGCAGCCGACAAACUAGCGAAAGAGCACGGAUUCACCAACAUGGGAGAGGUUGGAAAUCUGCAGGACAUGUAUCGUUUCAGUCUAGACUCUCCCGGGAGCUUGUGGGGAACAGACAAUGGCGGCAAACGGAAUGCAAGAGACAUACACACCUUCCAGUCCCAUGGGGAUCAGCUGCGAACAAUUGCACUGCAGAGAGAGUCAAAUGUUGGAUAUGUGAAACAACAGAGGUUGUUAGAGCUGCAGAAAAAGAGUAGCUAUACUCUACCUCAGGACCCACAGUGGCCAGCUCAGUGGUCCCUGCGAAACGAUGGGCAGACGUCGGGACCAGCUGAACUGGACUUGAAUGUUGAGCCGGUUUGGAUGCAGGGAUUCAUAGGUCGUGGAGUGGUGGUGACUGUAGUUGAUGAUGGUGUGGAAGUCAGUCACCCAGACCUCCAAAUAAACUUUGAUGUUCAAGCCAGUAGAGAUUUCAUAGACCACGACUCGGAUCCGACACCGACUGGGUCUGAUUCCCAUGGCACUGCCUGUGCCGGCGUCAUUGGAAUGGCACGGAAUGGAGUCUGCGGAGUGGGUGUGGCACCUGGAACCAGUCUUGGAGGUCUUCGACUGGACUUGGGCUACACGUUUGAUGUGAGCCAAGCAGGUAUUCUCAGCUACGAGGAUAGCUAUGUCGACAUCUACAGCAACAGUUGGGGACCGGCCGAGACAGGGUUUACAGUGGGAGGGCCAGGCUAUCUCACCCUCGAGACCUUCAAGAGAGAGACCAAACAGGGGAGGAAUUCGAAAGGGAGUAUCUACGUGUUUGCAUCUGGGAACGGUGGACGCUACCAUGACUCCUGUGCAGCCGACGGCUAUGUCAACAGUAUCUACACCAUUGCUGUUGGAUCUGCUGACCAGGACGGACGACAGGCUUACUACGAUGAAGACUGCUCUGCCAAAAUGGCCGUCACCUUUAGCCACAACUCGAACACGGCUGCAUCGCCCGACAAUGCAAGAAAGGCCUCAAAACAGUUGCUCACAACAUCACUACAUGGCCAAUGUUCUGACUCAUUCUCUGGAACGAGUGCCUCGGCCCCUCUCCUUUCUGGUGUGAUUGCUCUUGCUCUCGAGGCAAAUCCUGAUCUGACGUGGAGAGAUGUCCAGUAUCUGAUAGUCUACACCUCUAACAUUGACAUACUGACUGUGGACGACUUGGCCACCAAUGGAGCUGGUCUCAAAUUCAGCCACCACUUUGGAUUUGGAGCCAUUGAUGCCGAGGCACUGGUGACCAGAGCCAGACACUGGACCAGUGUUCCUGAGCAGAUUUCACAAUCAUUUACCCACAGCAUGAUCCAUACUAUACCAGCUUCAGGUUCAGCUACUGUUGAGUUUACAGUAGACAACUCGCGGUGGAGCUAUGAAAAUAUCCGAUUCCUCGAACACGUAGUUCUCACUGUGACCCUUGAAAUUGGAGACUACGGAAGGCAAUAUACAGUCGACGACUUUUUUACCUACCACGACAGAACAGGGAACGCUACGGAGAAGUUGAUAGAGUGGCUAACUGAUCCUCACCCUCGACGGGGAGAUAUUCAAAUCCAGCUAACGUCUCCACAAAACACCACCUCCACACUUCUCCCCUACAGAGAUUUUGACUUUGUCAAUGACGAGGGAUACGAUAACUGGCCGUUCAUGAGUGUACACAACUGGGGAGAAGAUCCAACUGGGACCUGGACAAUGAGAAUAUCGUACAAGUCCAGCUCGGGCUACGUCCGUGUGAGCGGAGUUAACCUGGAGCUGUACGGGACAUGGAGGACUCCAGGCGUAGUCCGUGCCAUUCCAGAUCGAUGUCACGAGACCUGUGGCAGAGGGUGCUGGGGUGAAGGUCCCACUGGCUGCGAUGUCUGUGCCAAUCUCCGACUGGACACUACUCUCGAGUGUGUGGACAACUGCCCACCUGGGUUUACUGAAUACCAUUCUUACUGUCUUUCAUCUGAAGACUCCAGGUCUAACAUAUCGACUGCCACUGACUCUGAAGAAACACAGAGUGAGGGCGAGAGUGAGGACGAGAGUGAGGACACUAGUGAUUUGAACGUACCGAUCUUGCUCAGUUGCACCGUGGCGGCUCUGAUUGUAGUGUUUCUGGUCGUGAUCUUUUCCCUCGUAACCCUCAUCGCUUGUGGGCAUUACCGAAAAACAAGGCAGACUCAGUUUUCUCGUCUCAAGGAAAGCAUCACUUCAGUUUAGCAGAUUAUCGAUCAUCAUGAUUUUAUCUUCAUCUCUUCACUUUCUCUUUCAGUCUAUAAUAUCGCUAUUUUAUGUAAAGUAGGAGGAAUUUAUAAUUAUAGCUAACUGUGUUCGCGAACGCAUGCGCAAUAGCUUACUGGCGGGUACGUGGCGGUGGCGAGAGCAGCCAUCAAUGAUCGAGAAAUGUGGAGAUCAUCGCUCAACACUGUUCUCUGUACAACAAUUCUCCUACUGACUACAACCACUACUACUAGUGAUGCGAACCGGCAACAGAAACCGGCCGCGGAUUCCGUGCGGGGAGCAAGCCAAGGAAAGUCGCCGGCCCCGGUCAUUCUCGCCCACCGCCCCAUGGAUAGCUGGGCCGUAACAGUUGGAGGCGAGUCUGGGAACAUUGAAUACCUGGCGCGAAAACACGGGCUGACAAACCGCGGACAGAUCGGAAACCUCAAGGGAGUGUAUCUCUUCACGGCUGCAGAUAGCGUCCCUGUUAGCGAACUUUCAGCAGCUAAAACGGCAGCAUUGGGCGAGGACCAGUUGGUGGUGUUUGCUGAAAAGCAGCGAGUCCAAGUGAGAGAGAGGAGAUCAGGUUAUGUGCAACCGCAAGACCCCGGCUGGAAGAAACAGUGGUAUCUGGCUAACUCAGUGGGAUCUCCCCGUCAGCUAGACCUGAAUGUUGAGCCUGUGUGGAUGCAGGGGAUUAAUGGGAGCGGUGUGGUUGUGGGCGUUGUGGACGAUGGCUUAGAAUGGACACACACAGAUCUCAUAGACAACUAUGAUUCUAGUGCAAGUUAUGAUUUCGUUUGGGACGAUGGGGACCCCUCUCCUGACGGGAACAGCGAGGAACCAAACAGCCAUGGAACUAGUUGUGCCGGCGAGAUUGCCAUGAGCAGGGAUUGCUCUUGUGGAGUGGGUGUGGCUUACGGCUGCAGCAUUGGAGGGCUCAAGAUAGAUUUCAACCUCAUCACUGAUGCCAUGGAGUCUAAUGCUCUCGGACACGAGAACUCCUACGUUGACAUCUACAGCAGUAGUUGGGGUCCGUCUGACUAUGGGUUCUCGGUAGAGGGACCAGGAACACUGUUGCAGCAGACACUUGCCACUGGUGUUAGAGAGGGUCGAAGCGGGAAGGGAAGUAUCUACGUGUGGGCAGCUGGAAAUGGAGGAAAGUACUUUGACUCCUGCGCAGCCGACGGAUAUGUCAGCAGUAUCUACACAAUUGCUGUUGGAUCUGCUGACCAGAACGGACGUCCAGCUGAUUACGAUGAGGCAUGCGCUGCCAAAAUGGCCGUCACAUUCAGCUACAACUCUGCGACUUUCCCACCGAGUGGAGAAUCGUGGGUGGCACAUGAUCAGGUGUACACGACUACUUUGGACGGGAAAUGCACCGACAGCUUCACUGGUACAAGUGCUUUCAGCUCCACUAACAUCAGGAGUGAUAGCUCUUGCCCUGCAGGCAAAUCCUGAUCUGACGUGGAGAGAUGUCCAGUAUCUGAUAGUCUACACCUCUAACAUUGACAUACUGACUGUGGACGACUUGGCCACCAAUGGAGCUGGUCUCAAAUUCAGCCACCACCUUGGAUUUGGAGCCAUUGAUGCCGAGGCACUGGUGACCAGAGCCAGACACUGGACCAAUGUUCCUGAGCAGCAAACUAUCCAAACACUAUAUCAUCACCAAGACAAAGACAAUCUAUACAACUGACGAAGUGACUUUCACUGUGAGUAAAGACGAUAUAAAGUUUUUGGAGCAUGUGGUAGUGACCCUAACCCUUGAGAUUCACGGGAUAUGGAGCUCCAUACGACUAUGGUGACUUCUACAGCGAGCUCUACAGUAGUGAUAGUGGUGAGGAUAUAUACGACUGGCUCCAAUCCCCCCACCCACGUCGCGGGGACGUGGAGAUAGAACUAACGUCGCCGGCCGGGACGAGAUCCAUUCUCCUGCCAAACAGAGACUACGACUUCGUCAACACUGAGGGAUACGACAACUGGCCAUUCAUGUCGGUCCACUUCUGGGGAGAGGAUCCCACCGGUACCUGGACCCUGCGUACCACCUUCCGGGCUUCUUCUGGCCACAUUGCUGUGAAAGAUGCGUCAGUUACAAUGUUAGGUGUAGCGGAGGUCCCUAUCUCUGCUUCCACUCUCCCUCCCUCCUGCCAUCCUACCUGUGUCAGAGGGUGCCACGCCGAGGGACCUGAGAAUUGUGACGCAUGCAAAAACUUUCGAUUGAUCUCAACGCUCGAGUGUGUAGACGAUUGCCCAAAUGGGACCCACCCCUUUAAUAAGUACUGUGUGAUUGAUUCGGAAGAUGAUGUCAACGGAAUUCAGUGUCCAACAGACGAAGUAGAGAGCUACAUUGAUGCCAAGAGUGUUGGGCUAGGUGUGUGGCAGUGGUUGUACUGGUAGGUUUGGUUUUGACCGUUGUGGUGGGUUUGGUACUGCUGUGGAGGAGAAAUAACAAAACCAGAUUUAGGCGUCUAUUUAAUGACACAACUGCAGUCGGUUCAUGACAUUUCUCAUUUUUAUGGCUUAGGCACGGUUUUUAAAAAGUUUUACCGUUUUUGCUUUUAACUGCAUCUGCUUUUUAGUAACCUUCAUUUCAUCAUCUGCUUUUCCGGCUUAGUUUUUUAAACCAUUACUUCACCUGUUAAAACCUUUACAUAGUUUUUUAAAACUUCAUUUCAUAUCUCCAUC